UUAAUUUAAACAUUAGUUUGCUCUCUCCCUGUCUGUGUUUGUUCCAGACAGAUUUCAGUCUGUGUUAGUAGUGGGGAAAAGUUUUUAAAGUGACUGUGAGGGACCGAGAAGCCAAGAACAAGGAACACAAGCGUUGCGCAACAAAUGGGUCUUUAUUUGAACCCCAAAACAAAAUAACUUUACACACUUACAACAAAAAUAAACAAACAGAAACCGAGAUCAAAACAAUUGGACAAAAACCAAACAAACAAACUAAAACUGACCUGCUCAAAUGAACAAAGCAACAGUUUAUAAAGGAAGGGAUGGGCCCAUUACAAAUUAAGAGGGGAAACAAUUUAACUUUACAUACAACAUAUAACCUUACAUAAAUCAAAAUCAAAUCAAACAGAGAUACAUUGUAAAUAAAGAUAAGGAAAGCAAAAUGUAAUCAAAUAUCAUAAAUGUACAACUAAAUAAAUCAAUUAAUAAACACAUCAACGUUCCUUCCUCCCCCCGGAAACUCCCAGUGAAUGGUACGUCCAGACGGAACCAAUAAGCUUAAAUAUGGUGUUCCUGCCAGACUCUUGUUUUUGAGACGUUGGAGGCAGAAGGCGGGCUUGCGACAUCCGAUCUGACAGUGGAUUGGCGGUUGGCAACAGCUAGACUGUGACUGGGCAGGAGAUGGCGGAAGGAAGUGAGGGGACAGGAAGUGAGAUGGGAUUUGAAGAAGAAGGCGGGAGAGAUAGGAAUGUUUGGAAUGUUAUGAGGUCAAGAAAACGGAAAAAAAAGGAGAAAGCAGUACCUAAUAUAGAUGAAACAGAUAGUGAGCAAAGUGUGACAAUAGCAAAUAAACAACAAGAGGAAGAAUAUAAAGUGAUCAUGAAACUAUCUCAGGAGGGGUCAUCGUUUGGUGAGUGGAAUCCGAUUCAGUUAACAAAGUCGAUAAACAAAUUGUUAGGCGAGGUUAAAAAUGCAAAAGUAUUGAGAAGUGGAGCGCUGCUGAUUUUUUGUAGGAAUAAAACACAACAAGAGAAAGCCAUAGAACUGAACAGAAUGGAUGGCAAGAGAAUAAAGUGUAUCUUGACUGGAAACAAGGCGUUGAUUCGAGGGGUUAUCACAGGAAUACCGAUAAAUGUCGCAGAAGAUCAAAUCAGAGACAAUGUAACAGGGGCAAAAGUGCUGGAGAUAAAACGCCUUAGAACAACCAGAAAUGGGGAAAAGUGCAAUAGCCUGUCUGUAAUGAUUAAGUUUGAUGAAGAAAAACUUCCAAGUAAGAUAUAUAUAGGCUACAUGAGCUAUGAGGUCAGGCCAUACAUCCCUCCCCCACUGAGAUGUUAUAAGUGCCAAAGAUACGGCCAUGUAGCAGCAGUGUGUAAAGGUAAACAAAGAUGCGGUAGGUGUUCAGGCGAGCAUGAGUAUGGGGAAUGUGGAGAAGGAGUAAAGCUGAAAUGCUGUAACUGUGGAGGGGAGCACAGUUCAGCGUACCGUGGAUGUGAAGCCAGCAAGAGGGCAAUGGAGGUGCAGCGAGUGAGAUCGCUGCAAGGAAUAACUUACGCAGAAGCUGUAAAGAAAGUAUCUAAGGAAAAAGAAGCCUACAAACCAGAUCUCAAAGAAAAUAAAAGUGUAUCUUGUGGGAAAUGUGAGACAAUUGAGGCAAAGGAGGAUUUGUUAGUUAUGGGCAAAAAUGAAUUUGUGUUGUUUAUGGUUGAGGUGAUAAACUGCUCGGCACAGACAGACAGGAAGACAGAAAAGAUCAAAAUAAUAGUUAAGUCAGCAGAAAAAUAUCUAGGAAUAAAAGGGCUUAGCUGUGAGGUAGUGGAAGAAAUGAUAGUGGCAGGAAGUACAAGCUCGCAGACAUGGGUUGGUGGCUCUUUAUGAUAUUAACUAUUUUGCAAUGGAAUUCCAGAAGCCUAAUAGCAAAUGGACAGGAAUUCAAGAGUUAUGUAUCAGAUUUAACAGAUCGACCUCAUGUAAUAUGUGUGCAAGAAACAUGGUUAAAACCACAAUUGGACUUUGUUUUGUAUGGAUAUACGUCAAUUAGGAGAGAUAGAGAAACAGGAAAAGGUGGAGGUGUAGCAACUUUUGUUAAAAGUGGGGUAAGAUAUAAUGUUAUUAGUGAAGGAAAAGAGCAUGAAUCUGUUGUAAUUGAAGUAUGGUCAGGGCAAGACAGUAUAAAAAUUGUCAAUUUUUACAACCCUUGCAAUAAAUUAAGUACUGAUAUGUUGGAAUUAGUUUGUGGAUCAAUGCAGGGGAAAAUAAUGGUAUGUGGGGAUUUUAAUGCACACAGUACAUUGUGGGGAAGUAAAAAUACAGAUAUAAAUGGAUUAGAAGUAGAGAAAUUUAUAGAUGAUAAGGAGUUGGUGUGUAUUAAUGAUGGAAAGGGCACACGGUAUAAUAGUGCAAGUAAUACAGAAAGUGCUAUUGAUCUAACACUAGUAUCAAUUGAAAUUGCAGGAAUUAGUGCAUGGGAAGUAAAAGGUAGGUCAACAGUGGGUAGUGAUCACUACCCAAUAAUAACUAGGAUUGGCAUAGAGGUACACCAGGAAGAGGAAGUGAAAAUACCUAGGUGGAAAUUGGAUAAAGCUGACUGGCAGACAUUUAAAGAAGUUAGUGAGAGUAAGUGUGUGGAAAUACUGAGUAGAGAUAUAACAGAUGUGGAGGAAAUGAAUAAUGUAGUAGUAGCAACCAUUAUACAAGCAGCAGAAGAAACAAUUCCAAAAAGUACAGGAAAUAAACAGGGAAAAAGUGUGCCGUGGUGGGAUGAGAGCUGUAGAAUAGCAGUUAAAAAAAGAAAUAAAGCAUUUAGGCAGCUUAAAGCUCAUCACACACUGGAAACUUUAAUUAGCUACAAAAAGGCACAAGCAGUAGUUAGGAAAACAAUAAGUCUAGUAGGUGGCGGUAAUGCACCUUUGAGAUUAGUUGCCAACCGCCAUUAAACCCGAAAGAAGAAGAAGAAGAAGACUCUUGUUUUUCGUCACACCAGGAUGCGGCUGCAACGGACCAUGGCUGAAGUUGAUCACCGGUAAACUUAAACUCAAAAUAGAAACAAAUAUAAAUAACAGAUACAACAUAACUAAUUUGUGUGCACUUCAAAUCAGUCACAAUGUAUUGUAAAUGUAAAUGUAAACUUAUGCAAACAUAACAAUAAAUAGAGAAUGAAUGAAUGAA